CAUCCCUCUAUUCAAUUAAUACAAAAAAUCACAUUCACUUCCACUUCUCUCUAACCCUAACGAAAUUACAUUCCCCCAUUUUACUUCUACUCAUCUCUCAUUCUUUCUUUUUCACCCUUUGUUUUUCACUUACAAAAAAAUUACUCAUCUCGUUGGCAAAUGAACGUGCCUUGAACCGCUCAAGUUUGUGUCUUUCUUUGAGUUUUGGUGGUGGUCCAAGACUAGUGUUAGAGGAAUGAGCAACAGGUAGGACCCCUGCUCUUAUUCUUUAAAGUUUUAGCUUUAGGGAUUAGGAUUUUUAUAUAAUAUCUUGAUUAAAUUAUGUGUUCUAAUUACUUCAUUCUCUUCCAUUGUUUCCUAAUUAGGGGUUAGGGGUUAAAACCUCUGUAUAUUUUUCUUUGAAAUUGGCGCUACCAAACUCUUUGAAAAUAGCUCCGUUAAACUCCUGCUAAAAUAGGGGAAUUAUGAUUUUCUUUUUAUUGAUAUAAAUUUGGACAAAAACUUGUAGAUAUGAGUGGAUAUUUAAACGAGUAAUGACAAGCUCUGCCCUGAUGUUAGAAAAAAGCUAGAGAAGAUGAAGUAUAGUAGUGGAUAUUGUGUUACACAUCCUGCAUUAGAAGGUAGGUUUGAAGUUGAAAAGCAUGAGGAUCGUUUUGUUGUUGAUAUUGUUUCUAGAUCUUGCACAUGUAGAUUGUGGGAUAUAACAGGGAUACCAUGUGCACAUGCUUGCUCAGCGAUAUAUUUUCUCGAGGACAAUGCAGAAAAUUAUGUGCACGAGUACUUUUUUUUGGAGAGGUAUAAACUCUUAUAUGAAUUUGGGUUUCCACCUUUGAAUGGUGAGAAGAUGUGGCCAAGAGCAGAAGGCUAUGAUGUAAAACCACCUCAAAGAAAAAAGAUGCCAGGUCGGCCGAAGAAAAGGAGAAUAAGAGACCCAUCAGAGCCAAAUCCUUCGAAUCCCAACAAGCUUAGAAGGAAUGGGUCACGUAUGACAUGCCAAAAGUGUUUUCAGCAAGGUCAUAACAGCAGAGGAUGCAAAAAUACACCUGUUGACAAGCCACCUAAAAAAAAGGGUGAAAGAGGAAGACCACGCAAAACACAAGCACCACAACAAAUAGUUGAACCAUCAACAUCAAAUGCAAGAAGCACUUCAAAAGGCAAUGAAGCAGCACAUCAAACUUUGGUUUAGAAAAGAAAAGAGGAUUGCUUCUCAAGGCUAUGGUGUGAUGCAGUGUGAAUCUGGGAAUAUAUACAUGAAGAUGCCAUCUCACAAGAGGACUACAUUUGUCAACCCAAGGAAGAAGACCACCACUUCAAGUUCAGCAGUUGAGAAGACCACUCAAGAAAGUAGAACUUAAAUAGCAAAAUGUGUACACAUAUUUGGUCAUUUUACUUGGAUGUUUUUUGCUGCUGAAAUAUAUCUUUUGCUGCCAGAAAAUAUGCUUAGGAAGCAGAAUUGGGUGUGUUUUGUGUUUUUUGCUGCUAGAAUUGGUUGUCACAUCUCUUCAGACUCUUAGUUAUAUUGUAGACUUGGGUGUGUUAUGUGUUAAUAGUUUAUGUAUUAGCUUUGCUGUGGUGGUGGAUAAUGAGUUUUGAAAAAAAAAAUGGGGAUUGAGUCAUUUGUCAUUUGCUA